AUGGUUCUUCGUGUUGGUUUGAUUCAAAUGGCAGUUGGUUCUUGCAAAAAGACCAACUUGCAAAACGCGGUCAAACUGAUCAAGCAGGCCUCUGAUCAAGGCGCAAAACUAGUGACACUGCCAGAAUGUUUCAAUUCGCCGUAUGGAACGCAGUUUUUCGCCGAGUACGCUGAAAACAUUCCUGGAAACAGUUCUUCUACUAUCGCCAACGCUGCCAAAGAAAACAAUGUGCAUAUAAUCGCUGGAUCAAUUCCUGAGCGCGAAGGCGACAAUCUGUACAAUACCUGUUGCAUUUUCGACAAUAAAGGAGAACUAAUCGAUACUCACAGAAAAGUUCAUCUUUUUGAUAUCGAUAUUCCCGGCAAAAUUACGUUCAAAGAGUCCGAAGUUCUCAGCGCUGGAACUAAAGGAACGAUGUUUGACGUUGACAGCGUGAAAAUUGGCGUGGGAAUAUGCUACGAUAUCCGGUUUCCCGAGUUGGCAUGGAAAUACCGUCGCGAAGGGGCAAAAGUACUCGUCUACCCAGGCGCUUUUAAUCUCACCACAGGCGCAGCUCAUUGGGCCAAGCUUCAGAUCGCCCGUGCGCUCGACAAUCAAUGCUUCGUCAUGACAGCAUCGCCUGCACGUGAUAUGAAUGCGACUUAUCACGCUUGGGGUCAUUCAAUGGCAGUGAAUUCCUGGGGCGAGAUUCUUUGUGAAGCUGAUGCGGGAGAAGAAGUUCUUGUUGUGGAUUUGGACUUGGACUCACUCGAAGAAACGAGAAAGAAUAUUCCGAUCAGUAAACAACGAAUGCCAGAGUGCUACUAG